UGAACUGAUUGCAAUAUGGUCAGAAAAGAUGGUUGAGAGUUCUAUGGAAAUGGCUGAACUGGAAAAUGCUUCACCUCAUGAAGCUGAGAAGUGGUUGAUCUCUCCAAGCCUUGAAGAUUCCAAAGGGAAUAAGAUUGGAUUUACAUCCCAGUUACUUCUUUUAGUUGAUGCAUUGCAAAUGUCAUUUGAGGCACAAUUUAUGGAAGAUUUUGUCUCAGCAGUUGAAAAUCCAGGUUCUGAUAAUUUGAAAUCCUCAAUGGUUAUGCCCCCACCAACAGUUAGAGACCGUGUGCUGAAAGAACUGUUUAUUGAGGGUGUACAAUUCUCAGAUUUUGCUGAUGGCAGAUAUAAGAUUUCUCGGGCUGUAAAAGGCGCACCCCUUGAAUCUCUUUUUGCGCAAUUUUGUUUACAUUCUCUUUGGUUUGGCAACUGCAAUAUACGUGCUAUUGCUGUGCUAUGGUUAGAGUUUGUUCGAGAGGUUAGAUGGUAUUGGGAAGAGUCACAACUAUUACCCCGGAUGCCAGCUAAUGGAUCAAUUGACCUUUCUACAUGUUUGAUUUAUCAGAAACUCCAGAUGCUUGCAAUAUGCAUUGAGAAAAAGUGUCAGCUGAAUGAAGAUUAUCAAGAUUGUAUUGGAACUGUGGAUCAUAUGGACUCCAUGACUGAGGAAGAAAGUGUAGUUGGGGAUGACUUGCUCAAUGUGCAGACACCCAAUGAGGAUUUUUCUGGGAAAGUUGACAGCAGCAAGCCUGAAGAUGCGGGCCUGUUUAAUGAAAAAAAAUCUUCAGACUUCACCAGGAGAGGUUCAGCUGGUAUUGUUGAUUCUAUGAUGCUUCUCAAGUCAUAUCAGAGUAUGCAUGCCCCAUACACACAGGAAGCACCACUAAUGACUGAAGACAUGCAUGAGGAGCGGCUUCAGGCUGUUGAAGCCUUUAGUGAUUCAUUUAAUUUUUCUGCUCAGCUGGAAAGGGAUAUAUUAACUUCAGAUAUGUCAGCAUUUAAAGCAGCGAAUCCAGAUGCUAUUUUUGAAGAUUUUAUUCGAUGGCAUUCACCUCGGGAUUGGGAAGAGGAUGAUGACCCUGAGGGAAGUGGAUCAUCACAAUCAUGUGGUUUUGACAUUAAGAAGUCAAAAGAUAGUUGGCCUCCACGAGGGCGGCUUUCUAAGAGAAUGUCUGAAAAUGGAAAUUUAUGGAGAAAGAUAUGGAAUAGCACACCUGCUCUUCCGGCUUCCGAACAGAAGCCUCUUCUCGAUCCAAAUAGAGAAGGAGAAAAAGUUCUUCAUUAUCUUGAAACUUUACAACCACAUGCAUUAGUUGAGCAAAUGGUGUGUACUGCCUUCAGAGCAGCAGCCGACACUUUAAGUCAGACUAGUUACGGAGAACUGAAACCGAUGGUGACUGAGAUGCAGCAACUUUACCGUACCAUGGCAUCUGCUUUGAGGCCUUUGCAAGUAAAUCGCUUGUCUGCAGACAGUGAGACUAUUGAAGACUUAAGACGAUUGAGUGUUGUUUUUGAACGUGUAGAGAAUUUAGUGACUCUUGCAGCUUCUCUUCAUCGCAAGCUUUUACGAGCACCACGCCUAUCCAGAGAAAUUUUCAGUGAUUACUACGACUUUUAUUUUCCAACAAAGGGAACAGGCUUGACAGAGCAAAUUGUCGAGAAGGAGUUUGACAAGAAACAAGAAGUAAGGGACCAUGAGAGGGAAGUGUUGUCAAAUAUGUUUGUUCCUCCCACCGCUAACCAGUCUUGGAGAAAGGUUUUAAGCAUGGGCAAUCUUCUCAAUGGUCAUGAACCAAUCCUCAGGGAGAUUAUUUUUUCGCUGCGUGAUAGAGUGGAUGGUAAUCACUACGCAGCUCGUAGUGGUAGUGUUUCUCAACAAGAAAUUGAAACUUACAGAAUGUAUAUAUGUGGAACAUCUAAUGACCUACGGGUAGCACUUUCUGUUGUUUCGUGUGAUUAAUGUUAUGGUGUUUGUUGGUUACAAUUAUGUUCUUUAAGAAUCAGUCACUG